GUUCCUUCUCUUAUCUCAAUUUUCAGCGUCAUUUCUGGUUGGGGUUUGUUUUGUAUAAUUCUGCUAUGGAUAAGGAUAAAUCUACAAACCACGGUGGAGGCUUACCACCUCCCUCAGGCCGUUUCUCGGGUUUUUCUUCGAGCGGGAAUCCGAGCACUUUCAAUGUGAAAACUGAGCCGGCUUCAUUGGCAGUCUGUUUUCCAAUGGCGGGUUCUAGUUCUGAAGCUGGACAUUUCUGUCACGGGGCGUAUUCUAAAACUAUUAAAGGUGCAUUUGUCGUAUUUUACAUGGACACCGCUGAUUUCUGUGACUGCUACAUGAUCAUAGUUCAAGGUGCAAAAAAUGUCAUCAAUGCUUGCCGAGAAUGCAAAGUUAGACGACUUGUGUAUAACAGUUCUGCAGAUGUUGUCUUUGAUGGUUCACAGGAUAUACAUAAUGGUGAUGAAUCUUUAACAUGCCCUUGGAAAUUUCAGGAUAAGAUGAUUGACCUUAAAGCUCAAGCAGAAGCACUGAUUGUGUUUGCCAACAAUAUUGAUGGUCUUUUAACAUGUGCACUUCGUCCUCGUAAUGUCUUUGGUCCUGGCAAUGCACAGCUUGUACCUCUCUUAGUAAAUUUUGCAAAAUGCGGUUUGGCAAAGGUUUGACAACUUUAACAAUUUAUUGAUCUUCUUUUUUCUUUUUCUUUUUCUUUUUCUUUAUCUUUUUUUUUUCUAAGGCAACAUUCUAUUUUGGGAACUUCCUUUAGUUAUACAAUCUGUAUUAAUGUUAAUUCAUUCUAACACAAUAAUAUUUCAAUAGUAACUAAAACUGAAAUGAACUUGUGUUCCUUAA